CACUUUAUAAGCGGCAUAAACAGCAUUAGCUUUCAGUAUGUUGCUGAAAUGGACAGUAUGAAACUCUAUGCGAUACUGUUUGCCACAGGCUGUGUCUUAUCCAUGUGCAUGGCUUUAGAGGCUUUAGACUGUAACUGGAGGACUCAGUUUGUAUAUAGAGGGAGAUGUGAAACCUGCCCUUCAGGUCAAUUUCCCAUACUAGGCUUUAGUAAAAACGAUCAGAGUUUAUGUAAGGAGUGCACUGGAAAAGGUGAUCACUGCUUCUGUAAUAAUACUUUGUGUGGAGAUGAAAAAUGUUCUAAAUGUUUAUCCAGUCCACUUUGCCAAUGGGGAGAAGAACUUAGCAGAAUAGGUUUAUAUGAGUUUACAUACAUAUGUAAAUCAUGUCCAAACCAAACAUACAAUGAUGAGGAGGGCAAAAUGUGCAAGCCUAUAUUAGACUGCAGAAAACAUGGGUUGAGAGUAAUAUUUCCUGGAAACAGUACUCACAAUGCAAGAUGUGGUUCCUCAGAUAUACAAAAUAAUGGCUUGGUGAUUACUAAUGGCUUGGUGACUACUAAUGUCUUGGUGGUGUGUUUAGCUAUCACUGUUUUGGGAUGCCUGGCAAUGUUUAUUUAUAUCUGUAUUAAAAGGCCCAAUGAACAGAGAAGACUGAAAAAACUUCCAAUCUCAAGUUCCCUGAAAGUGCCCUGUGAUGAGUGUACAAGCUGCAAGCUGUCAAAAGAAGAAAUGGGAGAAGCGUAACCUUAGUGGUUUCAGCUACAUCAAAUCAGAAACAGAUCCACUGUCCAAAUAGGGAACCAAUCAUUCUGAAGCUUUAGGUUGGAGCUGUGAAACGUGUGUAAAUAGCAGCAGGCAUCUCUGUGUUUCUAGUCCUUAAACCAGUAACAGUAAAAAAACAGUAAACUGCAAUGAUCAACUCUGCAUGUUUCCCAACAGUCUUCAACAAAUCCCCAAACAUAUAGUCACCCACAACAUCUGAACAUUGAUGCAAAACCAGCUUUAUGUCUCUUCUUGUGUGGUUAUGUUCUGCUUGCCUUUUUUUUUUAGGUAAACCAGGUUACUUUGGCUUAGACACACAAAUAAUAUACAUAGUCAAGUAAUGGAAUAUGACUGAAAUGUGUUUUUGACUGUUUUGUGGUGAAUUCUUGUAGCAUUCUCACAUACUAGCACUUACCACUGCAUUGUUGUGUUCUGCAUUUUGCUCUUACAAUUGUUUCUGGCUAAAAAAGCAUUUUUUCUAAUACACUUUAUUACUGUGCAACUAACUGAAUUAUAUUGCCACACUUGUAUAAACUAAGUAAAAAGUGUCUAAAUAUUAGUAAAAUAAAUGUCACAAUAAUAAUGUAAUAAUAGCGAUUAACAAUUUACAAUGAUAAUGAUAUUGUAAUGAAUGUAGUUAAACAUUAAAUGUUAUUAAACAGUAAA